AUGGUCUUCUUUCGACCACCUUUCCAGCUGAUGCUGGUCAGCCUCAAUUUGGUGCUUCUUCUCGCUCUCCAAUCGUCGUCUGCCCUGGCCGACGGCUUGCAUCCAAACCACGGCCCUGCUCACGCCGACAAUGCCGUCCGACGCCACGCAGCUCGCGCUGGUCGUCUCUCAAAGCGUUUUCCACCCGUCAGCGGCUUGAGUGACGACCGUGCUUCCGCUGCAAAGCGAGAUCGACAUGCACGCGACCAUCACAGAUACGGCCUGACACCGGCAGAGAUUGCCGAUUUGCUCGCCGAACAGCAGAUCGAGGACAGCGGUCUCGAUGAACCCAGCUUCCACGCUUUCAACGUCACCAAUACCACCUCGACGAGCCAUCAUCACUCCAGGACUCGAACCGCUUCGGACUCGCAGGAUCCCACCAGCACAGGAUCCAUGAGCAGAUUCGCCCUGCCCACCUCCAAUUCGACGUCACCCUCGCCCACCACGUCGUCUUCGUUAGCCGCUGCGUCCGCCACCUCCAGCAGCCUCCAUGCUUCGUCUUCCUCAUCGGACGAUGGCGGUUCGUCGUCUGCUUCGUCACCCUCGACAACGGCCGAUGAUGGCUUUCAGAACACAUUCUCGAAGCACAGGCACCAUUCGCACACGUCAUCGAGCGCGGCUCCCGCUGCGCCGACCUCGUCGUCUGGUUCUGACAAUAUCAGCUCGACCAAUUCAACCGGAACCGAGACGAACGAAACCGACAACGGCGAUGGCCUCGGUGGCUUGCUCGGUGGUAUUCUGGGCGCUCCCUCCGCGUCCUCGUCUGGAGCUAGCCGAAGCGACUCGGCCUUUUCAACGUCAUCGUCGAGCGGCAGCAGUAGUGUCAAUGGAGGUCUGCUCGGUAACCUCCUGGGCGGCUCAUCCACCUCGUCUGCAUCGGCAGCACAUUCCACGGCUGGCAGUCAAGACGAUGCGCCCUCUGCAACUUCGUCUUCAAGUGCUGCCUCUGCCACCAGCUCUUCGGAGGAUCCCGACAGCGGCGAUGACGACACUCCGCCUUCCUCGAGCAAGCACACUCAAUCUACGCAGCCCGACUUUUACAGUUUCACUCCACAGGCCACGCGUUCCUCGUCUCGAACCUCGUCAACGCCCACAGCGUCAGGCCUCUUGCAGGGCCUCUUGCCACAGCUGAUUCCUUCGUCUUCGUCGUCCUCGAAUGCCGCCACAGCUACACCUUUCCCGACGUCAUCGCCGUCCACCUCUGACGGCUCCGGUUCGGGCUCCGACUCUGGUACGACUUCGACAAAUGAUUCUGCGAGCAGCAGCACCAGCGAUGGCAGCGAAGGUGGCUCGGCCACGACCGCAUCGACGGCCACGUCGCAAACCACCGCCACCGUGACAACGGGUCCCUCUUCGACGUCCCAGAACACUGGUGCUGUCCCAACCGGCACCGGCUCAGGUGGUGAUGCUGACUCCAGUGGAUCCGGCUCGGAUCCCAGCAGUGUUCAGCCACCAUCGUCGUCGGCAUCUAGGAGCACGGCUUCCUCCUCGUCCCCUGACGACUCGGGCUCCGCCUCCUCCGCCUCUUCUUCUUCUUCCGCCACCACUAACCCCUACUGGUACGCCAACACGAAAUCGCUCAACAUGGCGCCCAGCAGCACUUCGUCCGCCGAUCAGCCUGCCGAAACAGGAACGCAGAGCACGAGCGACAGCGACAGCGAUGCCAGCAGCGGGGCCACCAGUUCCGCCUCGUCGGACGGUGUCGGAACGAGUCCCGCUGCACAGGACCUGCCGACAACGAUUGUGCCUUCGGCUGACUCGUACAACCAGCCCGCCAACACCACCUCGAUUGGACUGCUGUUCAAACCGGACAUGAAGUGGACGUGGGUCAUCUCACAGGCCGAUCUGACCGCGCAGAUCUUUGCCUUUAUGCCGGAUCUGGUGGGGCAGUCGGCCGGUCUGGAGAGCUCCAAGGUGUCGACGGUCAAGCUGGCUGGCUACUCGACCGAGGCCAACGACACUGCGACGCCUGCUUCGCUGAGCACGGCUAGGACGUUGUACAUGGCAUACGUACCGUCGUCGAGCGUCGAAGACAUCCAGGCCAUGAUCGCCAACACGUCUUCGCCGUUCUACACCUCGGCAGCUGAAGGAGCGCCGCAGCAGCUGGCGAGCCAAGUGGAUCCUACGUUCAACAUUUUGAGCGUUGUGGGUCAAGUGGCUGCGGGCGCCAAGCAGAACGCCAAGGCGAGCAGUGGUACGAGCAAGGACGAUUCGACAACGCGCAACAGUCUGAUCGGCGUUGGUUGCGGAUUGGCCGGAUGCUUUGCUCUGGUCGCUGGUGGAAUGCUGUAUCGCAAGCAGCGCAAGAACAAGGAGGCAGAUGGCGCUGAUGGGAACGCUGGUGGUGUUUCUCGCGCGCACACCAUUCGCUCUUUCCACGGUGGCUUGCGCGAGACGUGGGCUCCUGAAGCGAUGGAUCAGCAUCUUGCCUUUGACACGGCGGGCGAGAUGCAGCAGGUGUGGUCGCCUCAAGGCAUCGGUAUGGCGAUGGGUCACCCUGAGCAGGCGGCUGCCUAUCCGCACGAGGAUGGGUUCGGCGGCUACGUCGUACCUGAUCCGUUCCACGAUGCUGCGGGAGUAGGUGCAGGUGCAGCUGGUGGCUACGUCAACAUGAAUCGCUCGAGCCGUAUGACGGAGCGAUCGGCGUACUCGGAUCUGAGCCAGAUGACCGAAGCGCAGCGGAUCCAGUACGAUUACGAAUCUUCGCGUCGAUCGUUCCAGUCGACGUCGGAUCACUCGGGCUCGCAGGGUGCGCACAGCGAGCACAGCAUGCACAGCGGCAACUCGGCGGGUAUGCUGUCAACGUAUCAGGAAGACUACCGCGUUCCUCGACAGCACACGACGAACCAUGCGUUUGGCGAGCGAUCCAACAACACGAGAUCUCGUCGUCGUGGUAGCGUAGCCAGCUCGACCAUUGGUCGUCCCGAGAUGAUGAGCAACUCGGUCUUGCUCUGA